AUGGCAUCUACUGUUGGAAAGACGAUUACCUGCAAAGCUGCCGUCGCCUGGGAGGCGGGCAAGGCGCUCAGCAUUGAAGAUGUCGAGGUAGCUCCGCCAAAGGCCCACGAGGUCCGCAUCCAGAUUUUCUACACCGGCGUCUGCCACACCGACGCCUACACGCUCUCAGGGAAGGAUCCCGAGGGUGCAUUCCCCAUCGUCCUAGGCCACGAAGGUGCCGGCAUCGUGGAAUCGGUCGGCGAAGGCGUCACCAACGUCAAGCCCGGCGACCACGUCGUCGCUCUCUACACGCCCGAAUGCAAGGAGUGCAAAUUUUGCAAGUCAGGCAAGACGAACCUCUGCGGCAAGAUCCGCGCGACGCAGGGCAAGGGGGUCAUGCCUGACGGCACCUCGCGCUUCAAGUGCAAGGGCAAGGACCUCCUCCACUUCAUGGGCACAUCGACGUUUUCCCAGUACACCGUCGUCGCCGACAUCUCCGUCGUCGCCGUGCAGGCCGACGCCCCCAUGGACCGGACGUGCCUGCUGGGCUGCGGCAUCACCACCGGCUACGGCGCCGCUCGCGUGACGGCCAAGGUGGAGGAAGGUUCCAACAUUGCCAUCUUUGGCGCUGGCUGCGUCGGCCUGUCGGUCGUUCAGGGCGCCGUGAUGAACAAGGCCGGCAGGAUUAUUGUCGUCGACGUCAACCCCUCCAAGAAGGCCUGGGCCGAGAAAUUUGGCGCCACCGACUUCCUCAACCCCAACGACCUCAAGGACCAAACCGUCGUCGAGAAGCUGGUGGAGAUGACGGACGGCGGGUGCGACUACACCUUUGACUGCACCGGCAACGUCGGCGUCAUGAGGGCCGCUCUCGAGGCCUGCCACAAGGGUUGGGGAGAGAGCAUCAUCAUCGGCGUCGCCGCCGCCGGCCAGGAAAUUUCCACGCGCCCGUUUCAACUGGUCACCGGCCGUGUCUGGAAAGGUUGUGCCUUUGGCGGCAUCAAGGGCCGCUCUCAGAUGCAGGGCCUCGUGAGCGACUAUCUCAACGGCGCCUUGAAGGUGGAUGAGUUUAUCACGCACCGCAAGACUCUCGGCGAGAUGAAUGCGGCGUUUGAGGUGAUGAAGAGCGGAGACUGCAUUCGCGCCGUGGUGAACAUGAGAGAAUUGUAA